UCCGAUUAGCUGACGUCUCGUUAGCUAAGCUGGGAGGAUGGAGAGCCGCCAUGGAUAUGUACUGUUGCUGGCCAGUGGGAUUUUUCUGUCGGCGUUUUGGCUGUCUGAAGGUGCCCCUCUCCGGCAUCCCCACGCACCAGAUGGAAGCACAGGCGACACCAUGUCCACCUCUCUCUACCUGUCCUUGGUGUUGUCGCUGACGGCGCUUGUGGUCUUGGUGGUGGUGCUGGUGAACUGCGUGACCUGCUGCAAGGAAAGGGAGAUCAACUUCAAGGAAUUUGAGGACCACUUUGAGGAUGAGAUUGACUUCACUCCCCCGGCAGAGGACACGCCUUCUAUGCAGUCUCCAGCCGAGGUGUACACCCUGGCUGUGUCCCCCGUGGCCCUGCCUGGACCUCCACACCUCCAACCUCCUGCUCGCAUCACAGAGGGAUCCACAAGCUUCCAGGUCGCACGUCACAAUCUGAGUUACAUCCAGGAGAUCGGCAAUGGCUGGUUUGGCCAGGUCCUUCUGAGUGAAAUCUACACGGAUCCAGGUGGAGCCAGGGUGGUGGUGAAGGAGUUAAAAGCUAAUGCAAGUGCCAAGGAGCAGAAUGACUUCUUGCAGCAAGGCGAUCCAUACAGAGUGCUGCAGCAUCCAAACAUCCUCCAGUGCAUCGGACAGUGUGUUGAGGCCAUUCCCUUCCUACUCAUCUUUGAGUACUGUGAAAUGGGGGAUUUGCGGGGCUAUCUGUCUCAGCAGGAUUGGAUGUUCCGAAAUGCCGAGUUGCUGCAGCUGCAGAGGAUGGCCUGUGAAAUUGCUGCUGGUGUCACUCACCUCCACAAACAUAACUUCCUGCACAGUGAUUUGGCUCUGAGGAACUGCUACCUGACCGGAGAUCUUACUGUCAAAGUGGGAGACUAUGGAAUUGGACCCUACAGAUACAAAGAGGAUUACAUCAUCACUGAGGAUGAUGUGUUUGCUCCCCUUCGCUGGUUGGCUCCUGAGCUGGUGGGUGAGCGACACGGGGGCGUGAUCACCAUGGAGCAGACCAAGCCCAGCAAUGUGUGGGCCUUGGGGGUGACGCUGUGGGAGCUCCUUGAUAAUGCUGCUCAGCCGUAUCCACAUCUCUCUGACCGCGAGGUUCUCAAUCAUGUGAUCAAGGAGCAACAGGUCAAACUCUUCAAACCACAGCUGGAGCUGCCAUAUUCUGACAGAUGGCACGAGGUCCUGCAGUUCUGCUGGCUGUCCCCAGACAAGCGGGCUACAGCGGAGGAAGUGCACCGUUUGCUUAUCUACCUGCGCAUGCAAGGCCAGAAGGACAUCGAAGAAGAUUUUGAGCAACGCUGGGACACUCUCAAACCCAACCCCUCCGCACGGCAGACCACUGUUAGCCAUUCUUCUUUUCCCAUCUUGGAACAGUUUGCAGAUGAUGCCCUGCGACAAGAGAUCGACGAAGUUCUUACUGUGACUGAAACUAGCAAAGGUCUCAGCUUUGAGUACGUUUGGGAGGCAGCUAAGCACGACCACUAUGAUGGCAGCCAUGGCCUCUCCGGCAUGGACACAACGUUGAACUAUCACAGCAUGUUCUUCCCUGCUUCCACUGAAGACAUUCAGGCCCAUUUCCCUGAUCCGGCAGGCGGAGCAGUGGGUACAGAAAGUGGUAACACUCCGUCAGGAAUACCCCGGAUUGUACCAGUAUUCGAUGCACAAAAGCCAUCGAAUGGGAAUGAAUAUUACAUACAACUAGAAGGACAAGGGGAGAGCACCGUUGGGGAAGAUGGACCUAGAGAACAAGAAAUGGACUUUAGUUCAUGUCGGCAAGAUUUUGUUGUUCUCCAAGAUGUCCGUCUGGAUGAGUCCAGCACCGAUGCUGACUUUUUCCACCAAAGCAUUGACUCCAAGGAUUCCUAUCUACCAGACAGUCACAUUUGGUCAUCUCUUGAGAAUGACAGCCCAUACCAUACCAACAUCUUUACAGAGGGAGCAUCCAGGCAAGAGGACUCCCCCGCCUGGAGACAGAACUUUAUGGAGCUUCCAGAGCGCAACGGGAACCCUUUCCACGAAGGUGUACCUUCGGAGGUCCAGGAGGCAGAUGGAGAUAAGCGCUAUCGGAAUUAUUUUUUCGGGGAUUGUUCAGAAACCACUCACCCAGUGGAUCCUGUGAAAGUGGAGAGGGAGAACACAGAUGUGACGGGGCUUCUGAGCACUGAAAAACUAGCCGACAACUUUAUGUUUCUAAUAGACCAGAACCUGAUGAAAGGUGGAUCGAGUUUCUUAAGUCCACAGGAGAACUUUCUUUCUCCUGGCUUAGCCCACGAACCAGAAGACUCAUUCAGAAUGAGUUCCUGGGACAACCUUGACAAUUUAGGCAGCUUAAACACAGCAGACAAUUAUUUAAAAUCUGCAGCGAGUAGCACAUCCUCAAGACAGGAGCUUUUAGACUCUACAAGUAAUAGCCCGGUGGGGUUGAGUGAAACACUGGUGCCUUCCAUUACAGUGAUCACAGCUGAUAACACAAGCAGCCACCUGCCAGUUAGAAAUUGUUCUUCCCCCGAAGACCUCGGUCUUCCGCGAUUCUCAGACAUAGGCAUAGACUCUGGUUUUGAUUCUACCUCAGAGAGGUUUGAGUUUAUCAUUAGACAAACUGAUGGCCACACCCCUGCAAUCCCUGAAAGUGCCACCAUAGACUCAUUGUGCACAGAUGCCAAAAUUCCCAGCCUUGAAGAUGACCUCGGAACCUCAAUGGACAGUGCUCAGCUGACAGGAAGUCUAAUGCCUGAAGACCUGCAAGUCCAAGCCUUGUCCUCGGACAACGGACACAGCGAAGACCUCACAAGCAACGAUCAGUUCAGUGAACUUCUCGAGGAUGCAGAUAUAGAACUGGAAACCACUCUGUUUGACCAUGAAGAAUCGUUUAUAGAUACCAAUGGGCAACCUCUUGUGAGAUCUUCUCUGUUGGUCUCUGGGCCAUCUUUGGACCAGAUCAGCCAGGACAGUUUACUGGAAGACAGCAUGUCCGCCACUCUACCAACUGUAGAUAAUUCAGCCGAGACACCGGACUCUCUCGACUCCCUGGACAUCCACCGGCUUGGCGACCACGGGGAAGAGCUGAAUGGUCAGAUGGCUCAACAGAAACUCCAGCCUCCGUACAAAAUAUCAGACAGUGGUUAUGAGACGGAGAACCUAGAGUCUCCUGAAUGGAAUUUCCAACCUAAUGUCACAGUCCACUCCCCUGCAAAAAACAGCACCAAAGAAGAACAUACAGAAGAGUGCACGACUGCGGCUCAUCUGGUCCCACCAGAAAUCAUCAUAUCUGAAGUAGAGGGUGUGCCGGAUUCUCCAGAUGAGGGCCAGCCGCAGGAUCUCGUAGCUCCCGCUGAGGAACCACCCAUGGGCAGUAAUUACAGAGACUCUGCCUACUUCUCAGACAACGAAUCGGAACCAGAGAAAAAGUCAGAAGAAGCGGCCGGAGGUUCUGCUGAAGUCACGUGGCUGAGGAACUCGACUGACGAGGUCGUCGGGCCCUCUGGAGGUCCGGUACCGGAGGUCAACGAGGAGAGAGAUAUAGAUUCUUUAUUUUCUCUGCAAACUUCUUCCGGAGCUGCUGAAACCCAAGCUGAGGGUGGAGAAAUGCCUGAUGUUCACGUUGGGGGCAUGUCAACGGAGGCAGAUUCAGACAUCACAAAGAAAUGUGAGCAGGAGGUAGCCGACAGCCACAAUUACAAUGAAAACAAAUCCGACUUUUUCAAGGACGUAACAUCUCCCGAGCAGCCAGACCCGUCAGAAGACUCAAAAGCCUCUGCUCCACUUUCUUCUGCUACUCCGUUCAAGCCGGAGAGCGCGGUUCAUGCUAAGCUAACCAGGACCUAUGCCAGUGAUGGUCAUAAGAUAAAAGAGCCAGACAUGGAGGGGCGCUACCUGGGGAGGAGGGACGGCCCAGGAUUAGAGACACAGGAGGAUGGCAUGGAUGCCGACGAGGAGGACGAGAACAGUGAUGACUCUGACGAUGACGUUCGUGCAUAUCAGCUCCAUAGCUCCAGCUCGGACAGUGAGGAUGACACCGUGCACACCGUGCCGCUCAUCGUCUCCGACGACACUCGUGCAAAGAACCUGAAGAGCUUGCUGAAACCCACCACUCUGAACACCGAGUCGAUGUCUUCCCCGUUCCCUGCGAGGUGCAAUGCCGAUAACUCCAGAAGAGCCGUGUCCUUCUUCGACGAUGUCACCGUCUACCUGUUUGACCAGGAGACUCCCACCAAGGAACUGGCUGACCACUCGUUGGGCUCAAACAGUCAGGUGCCGGAGUUCAGCAGCCCAGUGUCCACUGCCAGCUAUCUGAACCGGUUUGCCAACUCUGAGAGCUCCACAGAUGAAGAAGGCGGGGGUUUUGAGUGGGAUGAUGACUUCUCCUCACCUGCACCUGCCUUCCUGCCCAACACGGACAAAGACCCAGUCUCUAAGGCCUUGUCCUCAUCUGCAGCGUUGCGCUUCUCCUCGCCGCCCCUUGCAGCAGGGCGCGUGCUGGAGCCCAGCUGGACCGGCUCCUCCAACUACUCCCGUUUUUCCAUCUCGCCCGCCAGCAUCGCCAGCUUCUCCCUUACACAUCUUACCGACUCUGACAUCGAACAAGGAGGAAGCAGUGAAGAUGGCGAAAAAGACUAGGGUGAUAAAUGAAGGGGACCAUUUAUCAUCGCACUACUGAGAAAUGAACCUAUACUCGCACUUUUGGGGGGAAUAGAGAGCGGCUGAGUACGGACCGCGGAGGCUUCUUUCAGGCAGAACUGUUCUUCAUUGAGUUGGAGGUGAGAACAAAGACGAGGCCCGGUCCCAGCCGGAGUCACAUCACCUCUCCGGCCACAUCAGUGUGUGUGUGAUUUCAGUUUUGUGCUAUUACCCUUCGGAAAAAAGACAAAACAAAACAGAACACGACUACAAAACUAGCCGCACAUCUAAAUGUUUGCUUUAAAGACUCAUCAAGCUCAUUCCAAGUGUUUGGCUGCUUCUUUUUGUUGUGUGUCUAAGUGCACUCCCUCUCCAGGACCUCAUCACCAAAAAAAAAAAAAGACUCUUAAUCUUCUGUAUUAAUAAACUCACUGGGGCUGGCAAACUUAUCACUACAGCCAAAUAGGAAUAAGCUCUUUGAUUUCAGCAGCCCCUAAAACUUAUGAUCCAGGUUUUUUUUUCUGCUCCAUUGUUAAUUUUGCUCCUUCAUGUUGUGCAAUUAUUUCAGUGGUUGCCUUUUUUUUCUUUUCCGUAAGUUUUUUCUGGGUGUUGUCACAAUCUCCUAAAUGGAGAGAAACUGUGUGCUGUCCUUCUGUCGCAGCAUAUGAAAAAGAGGGGUUGAAAUUUAGCGUCAUCCGUGCAUAAGGAUGACUGGAUAACCAAUGUUCCUCGACCACAGAGGUGACGCGCUGUACGCUCCUUUGUGUUUGAAAGGAGCGUAUGCAGUAAGUAGUUUCAUAUUUUUAUGAGACGUCUCUGUAAGAAUUGUUGAUGUUGUUUGACACGGAUUGUCAUAUUGAUUCUUAAAAGUUAUUUAUGUUGUAAAGCUUCAUUUUAUGCUCUGAAAUGUGCAGCAACUUUACUAUCACAACGAAAAUUUCAAAUCACACGUUAAGUGAGAUUGUGUGUAAAGAAAAAAAAUUGCAGGAGAUUUUAUUUUUAAAUGUCUGAAUGAAGAAAUGUAUUGAGCUGUUUGUAAACAAAUGUGCAAUGAAUUUCAUUUAUUGGUUGAAAUUUGAGGACCUGGCGAACGUGGCGGCGUUUCGCAAGUGAUGUGCAGGGACUUAAAGCUUUGUUAAAAAGAAGGAAAAAAAACACUACUAGAACAAAAAACACCGCUGCUUUUAUCAGUGUCACGAACAGAGUUGUCUGCCUUUGUUUCUGUUUCUGUUUUCUGUGUCAAAUUUACUUAACCUGUUCCGACGGCAUUCUUCCCCUGAAGAACCUUCUGUCCACCCGAAACUUUGACCACUUCAUCCUUGCAUCUUAUCGUUUGCAGGCCAUCCGUCGUCUCUGUGGCUGCACAGGGUUGUACAGCUGCAGGGAGGUUUUUAUGUACAGGUUUUCAUGAACAGCUAUCGAAUCAGUUAUUUGAAACUGUAAGUCAUAAAAAAAUUUACUGUAUGGUUCUUUCCUUUCAAUGACUCAAAAACCUUCAGUUUCACUGGUGACCUGGUGAGCAACUAUACUCCACCUGUAGUAGAACAUGUCCGUUUCCCCCGCCCCGUACAGAAGGCACUGUAUCGUAGACGAUGUAAACCUCUGUUGAAAACCAGCAGCCUGUGCUUCAGUUAAACUUGAACAUUUAUUUAAGGACGUUUUUGUUUUGACUACAGUAUACAUUUUUGCUUAAUGUUGCACAUUUGAAAAAUGUAACUUAAAUGUUGAACUGUACUGAUGUAUAUAGAUGUUAAAAAAAAAGAUUCGGGGGUCUGUAAAUGGUAAACUAUGUAACGGAGUUAUAGGUAUGAGGUUUCAUUUUGUAACUUAAGAGCUGAGUUGAUCAGAGGAACAUAUCACACCCAUCGGCUACAAGGCGGUUAAAUUAAGACACAGAGAAGCGGAUGUGAGCUCAUUCUGUCCUUUAAAACUUGUAGAUUUAAAAAAAUAUUUUUACUUCGUAUUGAUCAUGCUUAGUGUAAUUGAAUGAAAUGUUUAUAAUUACACUGUUUAAUAUGAAAAUAAAUGCAGAUGAACUUCUAA